CACGCGGACCAGGCGCGUAAACGAAACCUGCGCGCAGGUCUCCGCUGAGCUGCAUUUGAUUUGAAAGUGCCUUGAGCGCUGAUCGUGCUUUGAAAAGACUUCUUAUUGACCGAGAACGCAACUGAAUCAAGCACUUUUUUAUCCAAGUAGCUUUUAGACUGAUAGUAUGAACCAUCAGAAGUGAUUUUAAGAGAUACUUUUAUUAGUUUCCCACCUGAUGAAACUUGACUCAACAGGCGGUUGCAGAAAGUGAGUUGAUGCCACAAGAGACUCGUCUGCCGUCAGCUCCAGUGCUCUGCGUCUCCGCUCAGGAUGAACGGAACGUUUUUUAACCACACGGCGUUUACGCACGGCGUUCUGCUCAACCGCAGUCAAGAGCUGGCGGGGACACUAGUUGAUUGCUGCACGGGGAACGGGAGCGAGGUGACCGCGAGCGACGGCGGCGGGUCUUUAGAUCUCGCUCAGGACGAGCGCAAACUGUUCGUUACGCGCGUGGUGCAGAUCGCGGUGCUGUGCGUUCUUUCCCUCACGGUGAUGUUCGGCAUCUUCUUUCUCGGUUGCAACCUCAUGAUCAAGUCCGAAAGUAUGAUCAACUUCCUGGUCAAGGACCGGAGACCAUCCAAAGACGUGGAGGCGGUGAUGAUCGGACUGAGUUAGCCGCGGGUGUCACCUGGAGCCGUGCUGCGGGACCGAGUGACACCCAGCUGUCCUCAGACUGGGAGCCGCGGAGAUAUGCAACUUACAUUUUCACUCCCUUUGGGUCAUGAAAUGAAAAGGCGACGUGGAUGAACUGAAGCAAAGAUGACAGAUAUACAGCUGCACGUUUACGAAAUGAGAAUGUAUUUAUUCAUGUUUACGUAGCUUUUUGUAUUUGGGGUCAUUUUUGCUUGUGAUUUUUUACAGUGAAGUGUUUACACGUUUUUACCUCAGAAAAAAUUGAAAUAUCUAUUUAUUGCAUUAUGUUUGUUAAAAAUUAUACGCUACCUUACAAAUUACGACCAUGGUUUUAUUGUAGUAAAAGUGUAGUAACCAUGUUUUUUUUUAUUGAAUAUCAUUUAUAUAACCAAAGGUUUACUACAAAUACCAUGGUUAAACUAUGGUAAGUGUAGCAAAACCUUGGAUCAUUUAGUGGUUACGCAUGGUUUAACUAUAGUAACCAUGUUUUUUUGGUUUUUAUUUGUAGUAAACCAUGGUUAAUUUUCGUAUGGUUUAAGGUGGAGGGGUUGCGAAACGCAAAUUGUAGCCUACUUUGGUGCAACUAUUGGGAUGGGGGUGGGGGUGGGAUCAAGCCUUAUUAUUUGAGAUAUUCUGAUUUCCUCAAACCCACUAUCCUGGUCUGUAGACAAUCACUUCCAAAAGCAUGUUGUUUUGUGAAAGGUGACUUAAGCACUUGAAUUGCAGGUGUUUUGAAUUUGAAGAUGUCAAAAUGUAUUUUUCUUCAAGUUGAACGUGUGGCCGAGAGCACGUGAGAGGGGAGAUGUUCAUCUGGUGGGACACUUGCACGUUUUGAAUGACCCCUUCCCCGAUCACACCGGCUGACGUCUCUCUCUCUGCAUGCGCGGGGCUCGGUGUGUCAGGCACUUUCUACGUAAAGAACCUCAGUGCUGCAUGGAGGGUUUUGUAAACUGUAUUUACUUGAAAACUUGAAGUUGUGCAGCAUGCUUUGAAUAAAGUUGUUAAAACAUUGCA